ACGAGGGUUGGCCAUACAUCAGUUGUAAUAGGUCUGUAAUGUACAUACAUACAUUGUCUGUACGAAAAUUUUUGAAAAAAAAUUUAUUUGCGAAAUUUAUAAAUACAGAAUGACUGGACAGUAACAUUUAUAGAAUUCAAAAUGUGAAUGGAACACAAAAUCGAAAAUAAAAGCAGAAAAUGAGCAACCACACAAGCGAACUGAUGGAACCUUGGGGCUAUGACGUAGCGGCAGCAGUUUUGACCGUCGUCCAAUGCUUCGGAUUGUCGCUGAACUUAUUUGUAAUAAUUCUAAUGUGCCGGGAUGCUCAGAUUUGGAAUCCAAUCAACAUCAUCAUAUUCAAUCUGGCAUUUUGCGACUUUGCUGUCUCUAUUUUUGGCAACCCGUUUGCGCUUAUUUCUGCGUUUUCACACCGUUGGAUUUUUGGUGAACUAGGCUGUAAACUAUAUGGAUUCUUUAUGGCAUUGCUAGGUAUUACUUCAAUUACGACAAUAGCUGUCAUGUCUUUCGAACGCUUCUUCCUGGUAAACUUUCCAUUUUCAUCGAAACAGCUGACCAACAGAGGAGCAAGAUAUUCUGUCUUUCUAAUAUGGAUUUAUUCGGGUGCAGUGACGAUACCACCACUUUUCGGAUGGGGAGCCUAUGUUAGCGAAGCAGCUAACAUUAGUUGCUCGAUCAAUUGGGAGGAACAAAGUUGGAACGCAAAAAGCUACAUAACGUUUCUCUUCGUGUUUGGUCUCGUUGUGCCCUUUUUCGUCAUCGUUUACUGUUACACGAAAAUAUUGUUAGCAAUGAGAAAAAGUGCAAACCGAUUAAACAGGACCAAUCCUGCCGAAAAGAAAGUAAUCCAAAUGGUCUUCAUAAUGUUUUCGUUUUUCAUGAUCGGAUGGUCACCAUAUGCGGCUUUUGCACUGAUAAAACAAUAUGGCAAUAAGGAUUGGAUCAGUCCUGCUAUGGGUGUCAUUCCAUCAAUAUUCGCAAAGGUCACAAUAUGCUACAAUCCCAUAAUUUAUGUGGGACUAAAUACCCAGUUCCGGCAAUCCUUUUUCCGCACUGUUGGUGGAAAGUUUUCGGCAUCGAAGACAACCACCGUUUCGACGACGGCAAAUUUGAUGGAUAGCGAGGCGAAGGUUAUGGUGAAAAAUAAACUGCGGAUUGCCAAUGUAAAUGAGGAGCUACGACGAGCAGUAGACGUAACUGCUAAUGUUAGUAGUGCAGAAGCCAUUGAAAUGAAUGUGAUAGGAGAAGGAAAACGCAAAGAAAAGUCUGUUAGAAUUGAAAUAGCUGAAAACGUUGUGUAACGGGCAAUUUGUACUGAAGAAUGCUUCUGAUUGGGCAUUGAAUGAGCAACUACUAUUAGUUAUGGCUGUGAAUACAUUUUCUUUGUGCAUAAGUCUUGAGAUGAGUUAGCCAAAUUUGCAUAACUUUAUAAAUAUCAAUUAGUUAUUGUUGCAGACUAAGACUUAUUAUGUUUAUUUCGAACUAUUUUAUAUCACUUAUAUCACUAAACGAGUAGAGAAUGUAGCAGACGCUGCGACGUUAGCCCCAUACGAACCCGAAUACUUGUUGUGUACGUAACCUAAGUGUUCAUAUAUGAAAAGAAACUGCUGAAAUCGGAUUCGAUUUAAUUUAUUCAAGCUAUCGACACCUAGCCAUACACAUUUUUUUCAGAUUCUUUAUUUAUAAGCAUAAGCAAACACUUUCCCCUUACCAUCUGUUUCGAAUUCUGAGUGUUACAUUGUUACAAACAACAUAUCAAUCCUAAUAACCGUCACUACUUCGUACGGAAAAAGAUUACUUCAACGCCCAAAUUUAAUUCAAAUACCAUUUUCGUUUCCAAGCAAUGCACUGUCUGACAGUGCUAUGUUCCAAGUCAAAGAAUAUUCAAAAAUUUUAAAUUUUAGGGAUGAGUUCCACUAAUCAAGA